CCUGCUCAGACCUGGAGGAAAACAACCGAGUGAAGUCUGACUGCUUUUACUUUUAGUCAGAUUUUACAGUAAAAUAUUACAUAAAAAAAUCUAUGUUUGUGAUGAAAAUGCCUCCAAGGAGACGGAAGAAGAGGAGUUUUGAGAGCGUGAUUUUUCUGAUUACAUUUGGGCUACAACUAUGUCAUGCUCAGCAGAUCAGCAAUGAGGAAGACACUGGUCCAUCAUCAGCUGACCACAGCACUGCCUUCUUCGCCCUGAGGAGCUGUCACCAGGUUUUGGGUGGAGAGAGUGGACUGUUCUUCUCCCCGGACUAUCUCUGUUCUAACCCCCCACUCUGGUGUAACUGGACCAUUCAAGUGCAUCCUGGGAAACGCAUCCACCUGCAGCUCAACGACCUCACCCCCGACGAUGAUUGUCUUUGGCGACGGGACCAAAUCCACAUCGAUGAGCCUGAGAGUCAAAGUCAAAAACACAGUGUUCUGCAGAAGUGCUGGAGAGAGGCCACGUACACCUCCUCCUCAAACACUGUGCAUGUGGUGCUGCUGAUUGAGGGCUCUCCUACGCCAACUUACAGGGGCUUCCACGGACAGUACCAGGCGUUUGGACCGCCUCAGAUCUACAACCCACAAGACCCAGCCCAUUCACCCAUCGAAUCCUCGGAGAAUAUCAGUGACUAUUCUGAAGAAACUGUGGAAACAAACUCACAAACAGAAGACAGAACUAAUGACGAUGAGGUGAACGUGACAGAUGAAGCCCUUUCAGAUUCAGAAAUUCCAGUUUAUGCCACAGAAUGGUCACCUGACCCACAACAAGAGCACCGUCCCAGCCCCAGAGUCUUCACUGCCAUUCGUCGAGAUGUGGAGACGAAUAGGGCGAUGGACCAAUCAGAUCAAUCGGACCAAUCAGAGGAGGAGACAAUCAGUGAAGCUGAUGAUGGGAUACUGGAGGAGUUGGAAGAAGAAUUAAAUAAGAACUGGGAAGUGGAUAGUGAAACUGUUCUAGAAAAGACAGCGCUGCCAUUUGACCAUAGAGCAGAGACCGGUGCUCAUGCAAAAUAUCACAGUCUACAUCUCCCAGGAGAUUUGCUGUUUGAAGUGUCGGUGGAGGUAAACGUGUCCCGAGACUCAGAGCCCUGGAAUGAUGUGGCCAGGACUUUGCUCCUCUCCACCCAGAAUCUGAUCAAAAAUCAGCUGAAGCCUACAUUUGUGUCUCGGAGCAUCUCAUCGAAACGGAUUAAACGGUUGAAUGCCGGGGUGCUGUUUAUCCUGUGGCUGCAGAUGGGGCCGAGGACCAGUGGACAUCACGCACAUGAGGAAGUCCACUCCGACCUCCUGAAGCUCAUUGGGUCCAGACUCGGACUCAAACCAACACAGGAAGACUCGGUGGUCAUGUCUCUGUCCACUGCAGAUGUGAAUGAAUGCCACACUCAGCUGAUGGCAUGUGAUCCAAAUGCAGACUGUGUGAACCACUUUGGCUCAUACUCCUGCCUCUGCCGGACCGGCUUCCAGGACCGGUCCAGAUCUGGAACUGGGACGGUCUGUGUGGGCACCACCAAUACUGACUGUUCCCCAGCACUCUCAUCCGAAGCCAAAGCUGUGUACAUCUUGUUUUUCCUGCUCAGCACUCUGGUCCUGUCUCUGCUCGUUCUCAUUGGUCUGUUUUACCAUCGUCAUAGGCGCGGGCACUUCCUGGUCCCGCCCUCUGACCCCAACAACAAUAGCAACGGUAACCAUGAUGACAUCGACCUGCCCCCGCCCCCGCCUCCACGCUGCCCCCCAGUGGACCUGCAGCUGCUGCGUUACAACACCAUCUUGCCUCAUGAGCCCAAGUCAUGAGAGAAUGUGAAUAAAUGAAGCAAAGAAAAUGCA